AUGGCCUCCCCUAAUUCACUCAAGCUCGAAUCAUUGACCCUGGAAGACAACGUCGCUCUCACCAGCCUGUGGUUCGCGGCAUUCACUGCCCCUGAGCUUCAAAAAGUCUUCCCAAACACCCCCGGGUUUGUGGACACGGAGAACAAAGACGAGAAUGGGCGACCUCGGAUAGCCGCUUACGCAAAGUGGGAUUUGUCAAUGCCAGAGGAACGGGGACGACGUUACCCGCCGUGGCAUGCAGAGAUGCCAGGGGAAAUGUGUGAAGCGUUUUUCCUCAUGGAAGAGGAGAACCGGAGGCGUGUGAUGGGCGGUCGAAAGCAUUACUAUCUGGACACUGUCGCCACACAUCCUGACUACCAAAGACGAGGAUGCGGCUCCAUGCUGGUCAAGUGGGGGUGUGAUUUGGCUGAUUCUGAGGGGGUCAGUGCGUACGGUGAUGCUAGCAAGGAUGGCGCGCCCUUGUAUGCCAAAUAUGGAUUUGUGGAUUAUAGCAACCCUGGCGAGGAUAUCGCCUCAAUGGCCCGGUUUUUCAAGGAGGCUUAA